AUGGUAAUAAAGUGAGCUUCAUUAUACAUAAUUUUGGCAAUAAUUUUAGUUCUCGUAAGUGCUGAUGUCGUCUCACAAACCUUCACUCCUGAAAUGGUUAACUUGAUUUCAGACCAAAUGCAAAGGAGUAACUUAUAUGCAGACGAUGAUUUCACAAGAUUCUUUGUGGUUGGAGAUUUUGGAGACUUAGAUAACUUGUCGGGAGUCGACAAUAUGACGAACAUCAUGAGUGAACUUGCUUCUGAGAAACCCUUCCAUUUCGUCACAACUGUAGGUGACAACUUCUACCCUAAAGGAAUUGAAACAAUGGAUGACUUGCAGAAUGCUAACAAAGUCAUGAGUUACUUCCAAAAACCAGAUAUCAAGGAUAUCAAAAUAUAUCCAACUUUGGGCAACCAUGACUGCUACAGUGACUACACCAAUGAAGUCAAGUUUAGCGAAUUCAAAUCGCAGUGGCGCAUGGAGUCUGAUUACUACGAGCUCAAGGAGCCUCUCAAAGACGAUCCUUCGAAGUAUGUGGUGAUUCUGAUGUCGAACUCGUGUUUGCUCAUGUGUUGGAGCAUCAAUGAAGCAGACCAAAAGGCUCACAAAACAUGCAACAAAAUGAAUACCGAAGUGGGAAGCCAGAGAGUCAAAGAGCAUUACUUCUGGCUCGAACACAAACUUCAGACAUAUUCUACCGAUCCCAAUGCUGUCUGGGUCGGAGUGGCCAUGCAUCACCCGGUUCUCAAAGAGGUGCCCUUGAAAAACGACUUGCUGCCACUUCUGCAGAAAUAUAAAGUCGACUUUGCAUUAGUAGGACACACUCACAUAUAUGAAUAUUCCAACUUCGGCUACGAUGAGUCGCUCAGAUACCCAAACGAGGCCAAAGGGCCUGUGCUCGACGACUGUGGAGCCGACAUUGAGAUCUACAACACAGCAAACAUUGAGCACUAUUUUAAGAAAGGAGAGAUGUUCCAUCAGAUCCUGGUUGGCACAAGCGGAACAGAACUCGACAAAAUAUGUCCAUACCACGACCAGGAUGGAGAAGUAUAUUUCCAAAGCAUUGAUGGACACGGUCUUGUCACUAUCGAAGCCAACUCACAGGAUCUACGAAUCUCGUACUACAAAGACAAAGACAUCCCCUUUUUCAGUAUUGAAAUAACAGUUUAA